AUGGGACUAAUGCAAGAAGAAGAACAGGAGCUUAUAAGAGAAAAAGAAAGCUGGCAAAAGCAAAUAGAUAUAAUACAAAACUAUUAUAUAAGGUUGCGAAUUGAACAUAAUGUACACUCUGAAGAACUGUUUAUAGAAAAAGAUGAUAUUGAAGAGUGGCAUCGUGAAUACGAAGUUAAAUUACUAAAUAAAAUAAAAAAGCUUGCUGUAACAAAAAGGUCACUUAAAUUAGUAGAGAUCAAGAUUCCAUUAUUUAACGGCAAUGUUGAAGAAUGGCAAUCAUUCAAGGAAUUGUAUGAAAAAAUAGUACACGAAAACACUGAUGUAUCUAAGUCCCUAAUUGACAAGAUAUUAGAUCAACCACAAAUAUACAGCAGUAACGCAUUCAGCGUAAAAUCGUUAUGGCAUACAACAAACGAAUGUAUACAAGCAUUAUCAGCUAUGAACAUUGGAAUCGAAUACGCAGAUUCCGUCAUAGCACGUAUAAUAAUGCGCAAAAUGGACAAGGAAGGACUGCUUGCGUAUGAACAAAUAACAAGAAAAACGAAAGAGAUACAAGCGCUAGACGAUGUUUUACAAUUCCUAGAACAGCUAUAUCGAAGUUUAGAAGCAGCCAAUAGCAGAAAACAACAUAAUAAUUACAGCAGCUACAGACAGCCAUCGCAAAAGAUAUCCCUCCUGACAGAAAGUAUCAUCUGUCUGUAUUGUAAUAAAGGAGGACAUGCAACAGACAAUUGCCGAAAUUUUUUAGCUCUAUCAGUAGCUGACCGAAAUUUAUGGGUAAGGUCAUCGAGAACUUGCUUUAAAUGUUUAAAGCACCCGUUUACGAAUAAAACGAUAUGUGAAAAUAAAAAAUCCUGUAUUAAAUGUGGGCGAGCACAUCAUACAACGCUGCAUAAAGAUUCGGUAAUGGCAAAUUGCGUAAAUGCAGCAAAAGAUGUGUUAUUGGCAACAGCGCAAGCACGUAUAAAAAAUCAACAGGGAGAGUGUGUGACACUAAAGGCAUUAAUUGAUCAAGGAUCUCAGACAACAUUCAUUAUCGAAGAAGCUGCUCAGAUAUUACAAAAGCCACGAGUUAAAAUCAAUACAGAAUUAUAUGGAAUUGGAAAAGUAUUAGUGGGUGUUGCAAAAUCAAAAAUAAAAGAUUUGGAAAGUCAAAUCGCUUCAUAUGAGGAUUGGAAAGAUAUAACGAAGAAUAACCAGGCACGCCUAUCAAGCUUUUCUGAUAUUGAAAAUGAAGUAGAGUUCUUGCGUGACAAAAACAAAAAUUUGAAUGAACUGAUAGGUGAUAAGCUAUUGCUGGAAGAACAAGUCUAUGGUUUGAAAACGCAACUCAAAAUUGAAGAUCCUGAAGACACACUCAGUAAAGGCGUUAAAAUCGAAGCUGAAGCACCUGGAGAAAUAUUCAAUGAGAAUAUUAAUAAUAAAAAUUACAACUAA